CCCUCCCUAGUCCUUUAAUUUUUCUACACACAAAUCUCCGAUACGAAUUCCAAUCUUUCCAUCCUCACCGUCCGAUCAACACAAUGGCCACAUCCAACGGCGAGAAAAGCUUGAUCGUGAGCUUCGGCGAGAUGCUCAUCGACUUCGUCCCCACCGUCUCCGGCGUAUCCCUCGCUGAGGCUCCCGGAUUCAUCAAGGCCCCCGGUGGUGCGCCGGCCAACGUCGCGAUUGCGAUCGCUCGCCUUGGUGGACGCGCCGCCUUUGUGGGGAAGCUCGGCGACGAUGAGUUCGGUCACAUGCUCGCCGGAAUCCUGAAACAGAACGGCGUCUCCGCAGAUGGGAUCAACUUCGACACCGGAGCCAGGACGGCUCUCGCGUUCGUGACCCUACGCGCCGACGGGGAGCGUGAGUUCAUGUUCUACCGGAAUCCCAGCGCCGAUAUGCUCCUCCGUCCUGACGAACUCAACCUCGAUCUCAUCAGAUCCGCUAAGGUGUUCCACUACGGAUCUAUAAGCCUGAUCGUGGAGCCAUGCCGGUCCGCGCAUCUGAAGGCCAUGGAGGUGGCUAAAGAAGCAGGUGCCUUGCUCUCGUACGACCCGAACCUCCGUCUGCCUCUGUGGCCCUCGGCCGAAGAGGCUCGGAAGCAGAUCCUGAGCAUAUGGGACAAGGCUGAGGUGAUCAAGGUCAGUGACGAAGAGCUCCAGUUCCUCACCGGCUCUGACAAGAUCGACGAUGAGACCGCUCUGUCUCUGUGGCACGACAACUUGAAACUCCUCCUGGUCACUCUCGGCGACAAGGGUUGCAGAUAUUACACCAAGAACUUCCGCGGAACGGUUGAUCCUUUCCGUGUCAACGCAGUUGAUACCACCGGUGCUGGUGAUUCGUACGUUGGUGCCCUACUCUGCAAGCUUGUCGAUGAUCGCUCCAUUCUCGAGGACGAACCGAGGCUGAGAGACGUGCUAAGGUUCGCAAACGCAUGUGGAGCCAUUACAACCACAAAGAAAGGAGCAAUUCCAGCUCUCCCCACAGAGGCUGAAGUUCAGAACUUGCUCAACAGCAACUAGUUUUAGUUUGGUUUUUUUUUUUUGGAUUCUGUCAUGUAGGAACAGUUCUGCUUCAUUUAAUAUCAUGGGUCUUGGUUUUUUUUCGUCACAUUAAUGAAUAAUCAACAAAGUUGAAAACU